GAAUUCAUAAUUCUUAGUAAGAAUGUUGUGAUGAACUAUACUGAAAUGGAGGCAAAGGUUCGUGAGGCUACUAAUAACGAACCUUGGGGUGCUAGCAGUACUUUGAUGCAAGAAAUUGCUCAAGGUACCUAUAACUAUACAUAUUUUAAUGAGAUCAUGCCAACAAUUUAUAAGCGGUUUACGGAAAAGGAAGCGAGACAAUGGAGACAAAUUUAUAAGGCUCUUCAAUUGCUUGAAUAUCUUGUGAAACAUGGAUCUGAAAGGGUUGUUGAUGAUGCUCGAGCACAUAUGGCAACUGUUAAAAUGAUGAGAAAUUUUUGUUUUGUCGACGAAAAGGGAAAAGAUCAUGGAGUAAACGUUCGUAAUCGGGCAAGAGAACUUGCUGAACUCUUAGGUGAUAUUGAAAAAAUUAGGCAAGAACGAAAGAAAGCAAAAGCUAAUAGGACUAAAUUUACUGGUGUUAGUUCGGAUACAAUUGGUUAUGGAGGUUUCAGUGGAUCAUCUGGAUCAUCUCAAUAUGGUGGAUUUGGUAAUGAUUCAUACGGUUAUUCCGAGUCCCGUUCCAGAUAUGACGAUAUAGAUACACAAUGGCAAAGUGAUUAUCGGACUGGAAGGACUUCAUCAGACGAUAGAAGAUCAAGUCUAACUAAUAAUCGAUCAAGCAUAUCUUCAAUUAAAAAGACUUCUGAAUCAUCCACCUCACAUUCUAAUGGCACAACUGCAACAACACAGAAAGAAGUAAAUCUAUUUGAUUUUGAUGAUCCUCCCGUUACUUCAACCACCUCCAAUCAAGCCGCUUCUAAUGAUUUUGAUGAUGAUUUCCAAGAUUUUCAAAGUGCACCACCGCUUAUGCCAUCCUCUCAAAGAUCAUCGAUUUCUUUACAAUCCGGAAUAAACAAUAAUUUGCUUGAUGAUUUACUUGGUCCCGUAUCUACAACGCAAUCUACAAAUUUAUCGAUUAACACGCCAAAACCUUCAUCUACACCUUUAAAUACUUCACAACCUAUUAGCGUUAUUAACGCGUCAAAACCUAUUUCACCAACCACACCAAAACAGAAUGUCAACAACCAAAAUAUUGCCUUCUCCAAGUUAAAAUCUAAUGAUAUUUGGGCCCAAGCGUCCAAUCUUGUAUCUUUGGAUUCAUUGGGGAAAGAACCUGCAUCUAGUACAAAACAAACUGUUAAACCAUCAAUGAAUUCUCUUGCACAAGCUGAUUCUACAACUUGGGUAGCUAGAGGAACUUGGGUUGCACAACCAGCACAACAAUCUGUUCAACAAAACAAUCAACUUAAUUCUCAACAAAAACAAGAUCCUUUUGAUAUGUUAUUGGUGAACUUUUUACCAUCCAAACCCGAAACUUCAACCGUAUAUAAAAUUCUGAAUGAGCACUCUAGUGCAGUGAUGUGUAUUUAUGCUUCCAAUAGUAUAAAAUUUGAUUGGAAGCUUCCAAUCCAAAUGAAUUUAUUAGAGGAUUAUGCUUCCAAAGGUACUUCCAAGAGUGCUUCCAAUCUUCCAGGUGCACAUCACUGCUCUAGUGAACUUGGAAUUUCAACUACUGAACCUUCCACUUCCACAACUGAAAAUUUUAAUAAAGAAUGUGGAUUAAAAUUUGGACCUUCGUUAGAACGCAAAAGUAUCGAACUUGACCUGUAUCUUGACCUUAUUGCUGAUCUCAUUGUAAAAACAAUUGUUAUUUAUAUAGUAAUCGGCAAGAAGGUCAACUUUAAUACGAGGAGGGUUAAGUUCGAUACUUUUGCCGUUAGAACUUGA